UGCAGGUGGUGGUCUAACAAUUGCAACAUUACUUGCUAUACGUGACUCAAAAAAAUCAUUGCCUUUUCCAGCUGGAGCUGUUGUGUGGUCACCAUGGGUUGAUUUAGCUCACACGAUGCCAUCAGUAAAAGAUCCAAGAUGUGAUGAAACAGAUUAUCUGUCAAUUGAUGCUGCUCAUAAAACAACAUCUCCUGUGUGGUGGGAAGAAUUCGAACAAAAGGCAAAAGAAUUAUCAGAAAAAAUCCAAUUAAAUGUUGACAAUAAACCAAAAUUUUGGCAUAAAUCAUUUGAACAUGAUGGUCGUUUACAAUUUUAUGUGUCUAAUGAAGGAAUAGCAAUUCCGUACGUUUCUCCAUUAAUUGCUGAAAGUUUAGGUGGUUUGCCACCAAUAUUAGUGCAAACAGGCGAUGGAGAAAAAAUAAGGGAUGAGAAUAUCUAUUUUGCUUAUAAAGCUGCUAAUCCAGAAAAAUACAAUUUGCCCCAUUACAAUGCUGAAAAAUUUAAAAAUUCGCCUUAUAAAACACCUACAAAAGUUGUUCUUGAAGUUUAUCAAGAAAUGCCUCACGUCUUCCAGUUUUUUACAGGCGACACUAUAUCAUCAACGAUAGCCUUUGAACGAACAGCUAAAUUUAUUGAACAAUUAUUAUCAGGCGAAGAAGGGGAAAAAGAAUUAAAAGCUUUACAGAUCACAUACAAAG